AUGGGUGUUCCGCUCAAAUUGAUGCCUAUUCUAGUUUCAUUUUUUGUGUUGGUGAUAGGCGCUUCUCAAGCAACGUCCCGCUUGUUGCAUGAAUAUGAUGAAGCAGCAAUGGUUGAAGAGCAUGAAAAGUGGAUGGCAACUUAUGGACGUGUUUACAAGGAUGAUGCAGAAAAGGCAAAGAGAUUCCAGAUAUUCAAGAAGAAUUUUGAGUAUAUCGAAUCUUUUAACAAAGCUGGAACUAAGACUUAUAGCUUAAGCAUCAACCGGUUUGCUGAUAUGACCAAUGAGGAGUUCCGCGCUCGCAAUGGAUACAAACCAUUUACUUCAUCGAAGUCAGCAUCAUUUAGAUAUGAGAAUGUUACAGAUGUUCCAUCUAGCUUGGACUGGAGAGAGGAGGGAGCUGUUACUCCUGUCAAGAACCAAGGAGACUGUGGAUGCUGCUGGGCGUUUUCAGCUGUGGCAGCUACGGAAGGAGUUCACCAACUGAAAACAGGUGAGUUGAUUUCGCUAUCCGAGCAAGAACUGGUGGACUGCGAUACAGAUGAGAAUCGAGGCUGCGAAGGUGGUUUAAUGGACUCAGCAUUUAGCUUUGUCAUCAAAAACCAUGGCCUCACAACUGAAUCACAUUAUCCAUACUUGGGGAUUGAUGGCAGUUGCAGUGCAAAUGAGGAACAUCCCCCUGCAGCAACCAUCAAAAGUUAUGAAGACGUCCCUGAAAAUAACGAAUCAGCCCUCUUGAAAGCCGUGGCUAAUCAACCUGUAUCUGUUGCAAUUGAUGCUGGUGGACAAGAUUUUGCGUUCUACUCCGGUGGAGUGUUUACAGGAGAAUGCGGCACUCAUUUAGACCACGGUGCCACAGCCGUAGGCUAUGGAAUAAGCGAAGAUGGAAUCAAGUAUUGGUUAGUCAAGAACUCAUGGGGUGUUGAUUGGGGUGAAGAUGGAUACGUCAGAAUGCAAAGAGACAUUCAUGAUGUGCAAGGGCUUUGCGGGAUUGCCAUGAAUGCUUCUUAUCCUAUCGCUUGA